UGACCAAUACCAUCGUGCAGUAAAUUUGUACUGCUUUUCCAUUUGGGGGUUAGGUAUUAAAGAAGUAUUUAUAUAAACAUAUAUAUUUUAUCGAAAUAAAAAGUACUGAUGGCUGCUAGUGCACCCAGUUAUGUUCUAGAUCAAGUGGAAGAAGAUGCCGGUGAACUCCAGUUUCCGAAAGAGUUUGAAAAUGCUGAAACACUUUUAGUGUCAGAAGUUUUGAUGUUAUUAGAGCAUCGAAAACAACAGAAUGAAAACGCUGAAGAAGAGCAAGAACUUCCUGAAGUGUUCAUGAAAACUCUAAAUUAUUGCCAAAGAUUUAGCCGUUUCCGUAAUCGUGAAACUAUAUCUGCUGUUCGUAGUUUGUUGACACAAAAGAAAGUACACAAAUUUGAACUAGCUCAGCUUGCAAAUUUAUGCCCUGAGACUCCCGAGGAAGCCAAAACUUUAAUUCCCAGCCUUGAAGGUAGGUUCGAAGACGAAGAACUGCGUCAGAUCUUGGAUGAUAUCCAAACGCAAAGAAGCUUUCAGUAUUGAUCUUCCUACAUGUGAAAGAGAAUUGUUUUCAUGGAGAAAUUCAUUUAAUUGUUCUGUAUUUCACUAUGUGCUGGCCCAUUUCAUGUGAUAUUAUAUACAUUCACUUUGUUUAUGGAUUUCAAAUAUUUUUUUAAGCUCUAUAUUUGUUUUUAUGCAAAUUUAGAUGAAAAUCGCAUUUAUUUGAGUGUUAAUUAUUUCUGUAUCUUCUUCAGUACAUCUUGAUUUCAGGUAUCAUAAUUGUUUAGUAUCUCUUAUUCCAUAUACAUAUGUGUAUAUGAUAUGUAUGUGUUUGCUAUAAAUAAAAUUGUUUUAAGCAAUGGUU